AUGACACGGAAAAAAAAAGAGGUUUCGUCAGUUGAACCUGAAAAAGACGAUACUGUUGUCGGGUGGAAUGUUGACAAUGAAGAAGGCAAUGAAGAAGGCAGUCUUGUGCCAAUCAAAACCGAUGAAAACGAUUCACACAUAAUACACAUUGAACACAAAGAGAGAAAAUCGUUCAAAUGUGUGUUUCCGAUAAAAAGAUACUAG